AUGUAUGAUUCCGACGAGUCCUCGGAUGAGGCACAGUUGUUACUCUCGAAAUUCGUGUCACAUUCUCGCCAGGCGGAUCAGCCAUCCAGCUCUGAAGGAGUAAAAAAUGGCCGGGCUACUGGCCAUAGAAAUACAAAAAGGAUGGCUGGCGGCAACAUGAAAGCGACGCGCGACUUGCGACCUGACUUUAUCCGCAAGAACCGAAUUGGCCUCUCAGCUUCAUCUCCUCCUAGUACGCACGCACCUAUUAUCCCGCAAAAUAGUGGCGGACUUUCGCCUCUACCAUCGAACGUACAGCGUUCGCCGCAGCCUGGAACUGCUUCUAGCCGACGGGACAAGUCCUUAUCUUCUAUUUCCAGUUCUCGAACUGUCGAUACAGAUACCGUGAGAAUAAUAGUACCAACCCUCGACGCUGCCAGCUUACCGUCAACCUCUACCAAAGGGUCAGUUUCUCCGACUCGUGGUUCUACUCUGCGUCGACAGCCAGGACUGGAUGUUUCCAGAAGGACAUCCUCCGGAGUUCAAGCAAGCCAACGCCCUCGUCGGUCUACUGCAGUCCCCGUUAAUUAUUAUGCGAAGUCAACCUAUUCUGGGUAUGGGAGUGAGACAGACGGUGAGGCAGAUCAAACCAGCGCUUCUGUCAACGUUGAGGUUGCUGUUCCUUCACAGCCCCAACUGUCGCUCCCACAAUGCUCGAGAGGACGAUAUCGCGUUAUAUAUUCUUCCCGACAGGUUCGGAUUUGUCGACGGUCAUUUCAACAUCUCAAUGAAAUUCCAGAUCUUCCGCAUCACGUACCUUAUGCGCCUGAAAAUGAACCGUCCUGCUAUGCAGAGAGAUCAAAUUCAAGUCCUACUCGCCAAGUAUUACAUGUGUCCUUUGACCAGGAAGAGAUGGCGGCUAUGCUUGGCCUGUUGGCACACCAUGGGUUUCAUUCUGAUUUGUCAGAAACAUCUCUUUCUGAUCAAAUCAUACAAGCUGUGAGAGCUAUUUCUGAACCAAAGUUUGAACGGUCCUUUGCAAAGAGGAUUACUCAAAUGCUUGAGCUUGACAAGCUCCUGGCUGAGAAUGGCCUUGACAAUUUCGAGACAUAUCGUCAUACACCGACUAAGCCAAUGUCUGUCGAACUGGAUACUUGGAAACGCAUAGGCCGUCUUUCAAAUACGCUAUUUCCGUCUGCAGAUGCUGGGCAGGACUCUUCAAAAUGUUUAUCUAUGGCGUCUGUGCUUAAACGGCGUAAAAAGGCAGACAUCCGGUCCUUUCUGUUGGAUGCAAAAGAGGGUGAUUUGCCUACAACGCCGUAUUUUGUUGAAAGCGUGCCUCACCAUAGCAAUUUUAUGGAUGAGGAAAACAUUGACCAAGGCCGUCGUAAUGUAUCCACGAUAUUUUGGGAUCGCGAACGGGGAGCCGGCCCCGGCAGGAGGUAUUAUCAGCGGCUCUCUGAUGAUGGUCUAAGACUGUCACGGACAUGGAAGGGCGCUUCUAAUGAUGUGCUUAACCUUACAUGGUCCCCUGAUGGCACGAGGUUUGCGGUUGGUGCAGCAGCACAGUGUGAUGAGCACAAUAUGCAGUAUAACCGCCGCAAUAACCUCCUCCUUGGUGAUCUUGUCCGCAAUUCUAUCAAGGAACUUCCAGAUCACCGUAUCCCUCGUCCUUCAGCCAGCAGUACAAGUGACCCUCAUCUAUACAUGAGUGUUACUGCUGUCCAGUGGUUUGAAGACAAGCUUUACACCGCCAGCUACGAUGGCACUGUCAAAGUGUGGGAUGUCUCCACUCACGAGGGUGCAGCCUGUAUUCAUACCCUCAGGCAUCAGGGGAAAGUGCAAGUCAUGGCUCGAGCAGACUGCAAUGUGAAUCUGCUGGCGACAGGGACAGAGUCAGUAUUUGGUCUGUGGAGGGUGUAUGAAAGCAAUCCGACCUACCAGCCUCUGGAACUUACACGGUCACGUCUGAGCAAGAAUGUAGAUUUGACGCCAUCAUCAGUGGCGUGGGGAUCUACCUCGUCAACAAGGGACAUCCUUGUUGCUGGCAUGUCUGGUAAAGAAACGGAACUUGGCGAUCCUUGCAAAGAAGGACAUCUUGCUAUGUGGAAGCUGAGCGAAAGCUCAGCUGAGGCGAUCCAGCUAUCGCCUAAUUCACAGAAUAUUUUUGAUAUCAAGUGGCACCCAGCAUGGCCUUGUUUUGCCACAGGUAGUUCUGUACCAGCGCUGCGGACCUCCGGAACAGCGAAGGAUGCCCGAUCGGUAGUCCGUAUCUAUGAACCACUUGUUACAAGAAGUCGUGUUAUGGAGUUCGACUGUCCUGCUCUCGACAUCAAUGAUGUCACAUUUUGUCCGGUGAAUAAUACAUACAUCUCUGCCAGUUGCACAGAUGGCAUCACCUAUGUUUGGGAUUUUCGCAAUCCGGCCGAGAUACUGCACAAAUUGCCACAUGGGGCACCGCUGAAUCAACUGGAUGAGCGCCUCACCAGAGAGCAGGCGGAUGUUGGGGUCCGCGUCGCUCUUUGGGGAAGCGCUACUGAUCGCCUAUAUACUGGUGGUUCUGACGGGGUUCUAAAGUCCUGGAACAUUCUCCUUUGUCCUGAAGAUGCGCUUGUUCAGGACGUGGCAAAUCUUGAGGAUGAGAUCAUGUGUGGACUAUUUUCCCCAGAUAAAACAAACCUGCUGCUGGGCGAUGCUGCCGGUGGGAUCCAUUUACUCUCUUCUGGCUCGUUCUCCGAUUCUGAGUGUGGGUAUAUGGACUUCGAGCCUGCCAGUGAGCCGAAAGGAAGCAGUACGGGAUUGAAGACAGAACCAGACCCUGACUCAGGAAUUGCGACAGCACAGCAAUUCUUGUCCUCUGGGCAGCUCGUCCGGCAUCCGGUUUAUGGGGUAGGUAAAGGGCCAUUUUAUAAUGGCCCAUAUGCUGCCUGGGCUCGUCCAAGUGGGACACCAUCAGAUAUGUUGGCGAUCACCCCCCUUAUCGAUGAAGUUCAAGCAAUGCAGCUCGAUGGGCCUCCUGUAGACUGUCGUACCGGACUGGAUGAUGCAUCUAAAAUGGCUGUGAAUGCACAAAUCCAACUUGCACGCAUUCGCAAUCAGCGACAGAAUGAACGGAAACGCAAGCGGAAAGGGAAGCGAAGAAGCAGGGCUCCUAUGACUAUCACAGAGAAGAACAUCAUCGUCCUCUGCAGUGAUGAUGAGGAAGAGGAAGAAGAAGAGAGCAUUAACCCACAAAACAAAGCUCGCAUUAUAGUUCCAGCUGGAGUCGAGAUUAUAGAUCUUACAGGUGAUACUGAUGGAGAGGAUGAACCUACAUCACAGCUAAUGCCUCGGCCUUUCCCUUCAGAUGAUGAAGGUCACAAAAGAGAGCAAUCACAAGAAGAUGAUCUAGAAGAGGACUACUGGUGGCCAGAGAGCUGCGAUAUUGAUCCGAACAUUGGCGACUCUGAUCUCUGA